UGCAAAGUGUCUGAUCUCCAACAUGUCCGCCGUUGAAACUGCUCCAAGUGUUGACCCAACGACACCGGCACCUGUAGAUGCUACUCUUGCCUCCGAUGUAAAUGCUACCCAGUCCACCGAAACCAAGGGUUCCGAGGACGAUCAACCUGUCACCAUCUUUCAUGAUCGCAUGAACUAUAAUGUCAAGCACCCACUUCACAACGAAUGGACCUUGUGGUUCGAUAAUCCUGGAAAGAAAGCAAAUGUUCAAUCAUGGUCACAGAAUUUGAAGGAAAUUGUGACAUUUAAAACGAUCGAAGACUUUUGGGCGGUCUUCAAUAAUAUUGUCAAAGUUAGCCGCUUGGACAUCAGCUCAAACUACCACUUGUUCAAGAAAGGUGUCAGACCUGAAUGGGAAGACCCUGCCAACGAACACGGUGGUAAAUUCAGCGUACAGUUGCCCAAGAACAGAACUGGCGAAGCUAUCAAUGAUCUCUGGUUGUACACUUUGCUUGCAUGCAUAGGUGAACAGCUGCCCAACGAAGAUGAAGUUACUGGUGCUGUUGUUUCCGUCCGAAAGGUGUUUUUCAGAAUUUCUUUGUGGACCAAAACCAGCGAUAACAGAGAAGUUCUCGAUGGUAUUGGCAAAAAGCUGAAGGAAACUUUAAAUAUCCCCAACAUGCCCCUCGAAUUUACUCCACAUAGUGAUGCAGCAACAAAGGGCCCUUCAGAAACUACUGGUCGCUUCACAAUCUAGAGAACGCGCGUUUAACCUCGAUAGCAUAAAGAACAAAAUAUGAAAACAUGGCAAAGGUUACUAAGAACCAAAAACCAAAACAUUGUACAGCAUUUCCUCCGAUUAUAAAGAAAUUGUUGCUCUCAUCCCCAUUUUGUUACGCAGUUAGUUAUUCCACCUUUAGAUAAUUUGAUAGUCUUUUCUACUUUUUGUUCUGCCGAGAAAACUAAGUAGUAGCGGCCUCUAUCUUUGCCAUUUC